AACGAUAGAGUGGUCAUUCAUUGCUUAACGCCGUGAAAAUUGGAGCGGAGAAGAAAAAUCCCAAUUUCAACCCCCCUCUGUUCUGUCCCCUUUAAGAACGAAACCCGGUUCGAAAUCCGCCAUGGCUGGAAACUCCAUCCGUCUUCUGUAAUUUCUUGUGGCCUAUACGCACCCUUUCCUGCCAAUCCUUCUUGUGUAUAUAUUUAUAUAUAAAUAAAUCAAGAGUUUUUAUAGAGGGGCGACAGGGUGUGACGAGCACCCCCUUUUUUCGUCGUUUGCGGGGGGGUUUGUCAAAAAAGGAGGGAAAAUAUUGACUCGGGCCUGGACCGAGUCGACUCGCCCCCAACGCGGCAUCCUGCACUUGAUCUGAGCCUGGUUGGAGAAGCAUCAAACUCUCAACAUGAAGGCCCUAAUUCUUGUUGGAGGCUUUGGCACUCGCCUGAGGCCAUUGACCCUGAGUGUCCCUAAGCCGCUUGUUGAUUUUGCCAACAAACCUAUGAUUCUGCAUCAGAUUGAGGCACUUAAAGAAGUUGGAGUGACUGAAGUGGUUCUAGCUAUUAACUACCAGCCUGAGGUGAUGCUGAAUUUUUUGAAAGAUUUUGAAUCAAAGCUUGGGAUCAAGAUCACUUGUUCACAAGAGACUGAACCGCUCGGGACGGCGGGUCCCCUUGCCCUGGCCAGGGACAAGCUGAUAGAUGAGUCUGGUGAGCCAUUUUUUGUUCUUAACAGUGAUGUCAUUAGUGAAUACCCUUUCAAAGAGAUGAUUGAAUUUCACAAGGCACAUGGAGGUGAGGCUUCUCUACUGGUAACAAAGGUUGAUGAACCUUCAAAGUAUGGUGUUGUUAUCAUGGAAGAUUCAACCGGCCAAGUGGACAGAUUCGUGGAGAAGCCAAAAACUUUUGUUGGUAAUAAGAUUAAUGCUGGGAUUUAUCUUCUCAACCCUUCGGUCUUAGACCGAAUCGAAUUGAAACCCACCUCAAUUGAGAAAGAGGUGUUCCCGAAAAUCGCAGCAGAGAAGAAGCUCUUUGCCAUGGUCCUUCCGGGCUUCUGGAUGGACAUCGGGCAACCCAAGGAUUACAUCACCGGGCUGAGACUCUACCUGGACUCCCUGAGGAAGAAAGCCUCGCCCAAAUUGGCUUCCGGGGCCCACAUUGUUGGGAACGUGAUCGUGGACGAGACCGCAAAAGUCGGGGAGGGGUGUUUGAUCGGGCCGGACGUUGCGAUCGGGCCGGGCUGCACGAUCGAGGCCGGGGUUAGGCUGUCCCGCUGCACCAUCAUGCGUGGGGUCCGCAUCAAGAAGCACGCCUGCAUUUCGAGCAGCAUUAUCGGGUGGCACUCCACGGUCGGGCAGUGGGCCCGCGUGGAGAACAUGACCAUCCUCGGGGAGGACGUUCAUGUCUGUGACGAGAUAUACAGUAACGGGGGCGUGGUCUUGCCCCACAAGGAGAUCAAAUCCAGCAUCUUGAAGCCAGAGAUCGUUAUGUGACUUCCAGCAUGUUAUGUGUUGUUCUUGUGUUCUGUUA